AGGGCCAGGUUCCAGUCUCUAAAUUUAGCUCAGUUCAGGGCCGGGGCGAACCUGCGCUAGGGGAACCUGACACCGUGGCCCGAGUGCCAGGCCCUUGCUCCGGCGAUGCUGGGUCAGCCUCGGUCGGAAACCGGGAGUGGCGCCCGGCAGGGUUUGUGCGCCCACCUGUCGUGGCCCGUUUCCCGCGGCUGACUGGGUCAGGCUGGGGCGGCCUAGAGAGGCUGAGGGACUGGGGCGACCGGGAGAGGCCGCUGGCCAAGGCGGGGGCUGGUGGAGCGCAGGUCCGGGGCGCAGGGCGCUGUCCCGCACUUGAAUGGCCCAGUGCCUCCGGGCCCGUAGCCAACGUGCGCCUCCCCUCCCGGCUCCCAGCCGGGCGCGCCCUGGGCUCAAGUCUUUGCCUGCCCAGUGGCAGCCCCGCCCUUCCUCUCCCAGUGGGCACUCGGCGGCCAGCUCGGACGUCGGGCUCCGACCCGCGUCCUGUGAGGUGGAGUGGCCGCCCAGGGGCGACCAGAUCCGAGAGCGCGGAGAGCGCUCAUGGCGGCUGUGGGGCCGCGGACCGGCCCCGGCACCGGGGCCGAGGCUCUAGCGCUGGCGGCAGAGCUGCAGGGCGAGGCGACGUGCUCUAUCUGCCUAGAGCUCUUUCGUGAGCCGGUGUCCGUCGAGUGCGGCCACAGCUUCUGCCGCGCCUGCAUAGGGCGCUGCUGGGAGCGCCCGGGCGCGGGGGUUGUUGGGGCGAUGACCCGCGCGCCGCCCUUCCCACUGCCCUGCCCGCAGUGCCGCGAGCCCGCGCGCCCCAGUCAGCUGAGGCCCAACCGGCAGCUGGCCGCCGUGGCCACGCUCCUACGGCGCUUCAGCCUGCCCGCGGCCUCCCCGGGAGAGCACGGGUCCCAGACGGCCUCGGCCGGAGCAGCGGCUGCCCGGUGCGGUCAGCAUGGCGAACCAUUCAAGCUCUACUGCCAGGACGACGGACGCGCCAUCUGCGUGGUGUGCGACCGCGCCCGCGAGCACCGCGAGCACGCCGUGCUGCCGCUGGACGAGGCGGUGCAGGAGGCCAAGGAGCUCUUGGAGUCCAGGCUGAGGGUCUUGAAGAAGGAACUGGAGGACUAUGAGGUGUUCCGGUCCACGGAAGAGAAGGAGAGCAAGGAGCUCCUGAAGCAGAUGGCAGCGGAGCAGGAGAAGGUGGGGGCAGAGUUCCAGGCACUGAGGGCCUUCCUAGUGGAGCAGGAGGGCCGGCUGCGAAGCCGCCUGGAGGAACUGUCCCAGGAGGUGGCACAGAAGCAGAAAGAGAACCUGGCCCAGCUCGGUGCUGAGAUCACCCAGCUGUCCAAGCUCAGCAGCCAGAUCCAGGAGACAGCUCAAAAGCCUGACCUUGACUUUCUCCAGGAAUUCAAAAGCACGCUGAGCAGGUGUAGCAAUGUGCCUGGCCCCAAGCCAACCACAGUCUCUUCUGAGAUGAAGAAUAAAGUCUGGAAUGUUUCUCUCAAGACCUUUGUCUUAAAAGGGAUACUGAAGAAGUUCAAAGAGGACCUGCGGGGCGAGCUGGAGAAAGAGGAGAAAGUGGAGCUCACCUUGGAUCCUGACACAGCCAACCCGCGGCUCAUCCUCUCUCUGGAUCUUAAGAGCGUGCGCCUCGGCGAGCAGGCCCAGGACCUGCCCAACUACCCCCGCCGCUUCGACACCAACACCCGCGUCCUGGCGUCCUGCGGCUUCUCCUCGGGCCGGCAUCACUGGGAGGUGGAGGUGGGCUCUAAGGACGGCUGGGCCUUUGGCGUGGCCCGCGAGAGCGUGCGCCGAAAGGGCCUGACGCCCUUCACCCCCGAGGAGGGCGUCUGGGCCCUGCAGCUCAACGGCGGCCAGUACUGGGCCGUGACCAGCCCCGAGCGUUCGCCCCUCAGCUGCGGGCACCUGUCACGCGUCCGGGUGGCCCUGGACCUCGAGGUGGGAGCCGUGUCCUUCUACGCUGUGGAGGACAUGCGCCACCUCUACACCUUCCGCGUCAACUUCCAGGAGCGCGUGUUCCCGCUUUUCUCUGUUUGCUCCACGGGCACCUACUUGCGAAUCUGGCCUUGAGGGACACUGCUGGGGAGCUCCUGUCUCUGGGCUGCUGGCGGGAAGCGAUGUCACCUCCCCAGAGCUGCCUAGUUCGUCUUGGGUCUGCCCUCUGUGCUCCUGACUGACCCCAGCUGCCCAAGAGAGGCUGCUAUAGACACAACCGCGAGGCAGGAGACUGAGACUGUGGCCAACUGGGCAGGGACAGGGGCCUUGGCCUCCUGGGGCUGUUCCCCUCCUGAGGUCACACGUGGAUUUGGCCAGAGCCUUCAGGAGGUGGAAGCUGGUGAGGUCAGGAGCCCAGCUCUCCGGGGGCUUCUGCCCUGACUGGGAUGGGCUCUGGCUCCCUAAAAAAUGUCAAAGCCAGUCCUGCUGUUCUCUGUUGCCAGGGGACAGGUCUGGGCCCAGGCCAACCAGGUUUGUUAUCAUGGCUGCUGCCUUCUGGACAGCUUCCAGUUCUGCCUUGAGAGGUUGUGGGACCUCUGGAUCCAGCUGGCCUGACAGGUCAGCUACAAAGCCCUGUGCUCCCAGCUCAGAGGACAGUCCCGGCCAAAACUGGAAGGAGACCCUUGGCCUGUCUUUGAGGGAGAAGCCCGGGACAAUGGGCAUCACAGCUCUCCAGCACUCCUUAGCCGGAGGAUACAGAGUGAUGGGUGCUUUCUGACCAAAGCAACAACCCACAUGUGCUCCCACAAACACCUGACUCCCCUACUUUCCAGUGCCAAAGUACAAACUCUGCUUGGAUAAGGACAGCAAAGCUUCUGGAACUUUAUUCUUUCUAAUUUUUUUUUUAAGAGACUGGGUCUUGCUAUGUUGCCCAGGCUGGUCUUGAACUCCUGGCCUCAAGUGAUCCUCUAGUCUCCAUCUCCCUAAGGGCUGGGAUUAUAGGUGUUAGCCGCUGUACCCAAACUUUUUUUGUUUUGUUUUUGCUUCUGGAACUUUGAAACAUAAAACACAAGUUGGCACUUACAAUUUUAAAGAUGCAGCCAGCUCUAAGCAACGCACAGAGCACAAACAUGAUCCUGACAGACUCAGGAAAAUGCCAAGAGCAGAGCACCCUGGUGCCAAGGCCUUCUCAGCCCAUGCCCUGAAGGGCAUUCCCCUGGCCAGCCUCAGCCCCUUGUCUACUUGUUCUCAAGCUUCUGGAUAGCUGGGCUUCUGGAAGGGUGGCAGUGGGCUGCUCCCUGCUCAGCACUGCCCUGGGAAGGGAGUGAGGGGAUGAAAAUGAAGACUGUGAGCUGUCUUU